AUGAAUUUCUUUAGAGAAUUAGUCUCUGGAUAAAAAGUUAGAUUUAUCAACGGACAGUAUAACUUAGAUCUCACCUACAUUACCAAUCGGGUUAUUGCAAUGUCAUUUCCAGCCUCUGGAUUUGAGAGCACCUUUAGAAAUAACAUUGACGAUGUAGUCAAAUUUUUGUAAGAACAUCAUGGGGACAAAUAUAUGCUGUAUAACUUGAGCAAUAGGAAGUACAAUUAUGAGAAGUUUGGAGAGAACAGAGUAAGUAGCGUGAUAUUAAUCUGAGAUUCUUGAGUUUGCAUGGGAAGAUCAUCAUUCACCUCCAAUCGACAUGCUUUUUGAUGUGUGCAAGAAAGUGGAUUAGUUUCUGAAUGAAGACAUCAAUCAUGUUGCAAUCAUCCACUGUUAAGCUGGAAAAGGGAGAACAGGGACAUUGAUUUGUUGUUACAUGUUAUACAGUGGCAGAGCUAGUAAUCCAGACGAAGCCAGACUCUACUAUUCCAAGAAGAGAUUCAACAAGGCAAAAUCUGGAGUGACUUAACCAUCUUAAAUCAGAUACAUUGAAUACUUCAAUCAGAUCUUCAAAUCGCCAGAUUAUUGUGCUUAAGUAAAAAAGUUGUCAGCAAUUACAUUUGUUGGGUACUAUUUGAUAUAUAUUUGAUAUAGACCAUCUCCGAAGAUGUCUGGAAAUACAAGCAAACCUUAUGUAGACAUAUACACAGUGAAGGAUAUGAGGAAGUAAUUGGUUUAUUUUUAUGGAAUAGAAUAUACAGUGGAUUAUCAGAAGCACAAACUAAGAAUUACGAAUACAAAGGGAAUGAAUUAGUAUUAUAGUUGAACACUGUGAUCUAUGGAGAUAUUCUAAUCAAAUUUUACCAUUAUGGUAGUUUGAGAUAGAAGUUCAUGUUUAGAUUGGCAUUCAAUACAUGCAUGAUAGAUGAAUCUAAGUACUGUGUAAAUAUAGGUUAGUUAAUUGUUAUUUUACUUACAAAAUUUGGAUCCUGAUUCAACCUUCAAGAACAAGAAGUUUAGUAAGGAAUUCUAAGUGAGAUUGUAAUUUCAGGAUAUUUGUGAAGUGUGUACUCAGAGGUAGCAAUUUCAGUAGAAAUGUUAAAAUUGUCAACAGGAGAUGUAAUCAGAAUUUAACUCUUGGAGUUUAGUGUAUCAAAUAAUGAAUGUAUUAAGAUUCUAUUUAAUUUAUAGGAAUAUCCAAAGUACAAAUUGAUCCAGAGCAAGAUUUUGUUGUUUGGAGAUCCCCAAGAUGAUGAUUUCCAUGAGACUAUAGCAAAGUUGUAAAAUGGAGAUCAAGUGGAAUCGGAUGACGAUUCAGAGAGUGAUCAAGAUAGUGAUGGGGAAUAGAAGGAAUAAAGAUUAUAGCAAUAGUGAUUUAAUUAAUAUUAAUAAAAAC